AUGCCGCAGGGCGAGCACAUUGAGCUUCAUCAGAAGCGCCAUGGCUUCCGCUUGGAUCACUUCGAGCGGAAGCGCAAGCGCGAGGCUCGGCAAGUGCACAAGACGUCUCAGAUUGCGCGGAACAUCAUCGGUCUCAAGGCGAAGAUGUUCGCGAAGAAGCGUUACCAAGAGAAGGCGACGAUGAAGAAGACUCUAGCAAUGCACGCGGAGCGGACGAACAAGCACAAGGCGGACGCGCCAGUGGCGGAGGGCGCGGUGCCAGCGUACCUGCUGGAGAGGGAGGCGACGGCGCGCGCCAAGGUGCUGAGCAACACCAUCAAGCAGAAGCGCAAGGAGAAGGCCGGCAAGUGGGACGUGCCUCUGCCCAAGGUUCGGCCGAUAGCAGAGGAUGAGAUGUUCAAGGUGGUCAGAUCAGGGAAGAGGAAAACCAAGCAGUGGAAGAGGCUAGUGACUAAAGUCACCUUUGUGGGCCCAGGGUUCACUCGCAAGCCACCCAAGUAUGAGCGCUUCAUCCGCCCCAUGGCCCUGCGUUUUACCAAGGCGCAUGUGACGCAUCCGGAGCUCAAGUGCACGUUCCAUCUGGACAUCAUCAGUGUGAAGAAGAACCCCAACGGCCCCAUGUACUCUUCCAUGGGGGUCAUCACCAAGGGAACCAUCAUCGAGGUGAACGUGAGCGAGCUUGGGUUAGUCACACCGGCUGGCAAAGUCAUUUGGGGUAAAUAUGCCCAAGUAACCAACAACCCAGAGAAUGAUGGUUGUAUAAAUGCAGUAUUAUUGGUGAACACGCUUGUGAAUUUUGAUGGUAACCGGUUUCGGCGUCAAACGCCUUCUUCAGACCACAAGCUAGUCUACGUGUAA